AUGUCAGUCGAGGCAUUCACAGUCACUCGCUCUAAGCUCACCGGGCCCCGAAACAAAACAAUCCUAAUAACAGGCGGGAGUGCCGGCAUCGGUCUACAAACAGCAACGCUGCUGCACGACCUGGGCAAUAAUGUCGUUGUUCUUGACCGCGCCCCAGCACCAAAAUCUUUCUCGACUUCAUCCAGAUUCCUGUACCAACAAUGUGAUAUCACCUCGUGGACGUCGCAGCGAGGUGCCUUUGAAGCCGCGGUCAAGAAGUUCGGCGGAAUUGACGGCGUGUUCGUCAAUGCUGGGAUUGCAGAGUACAAGGACCAAUUUUUCCGUGAUGAGGUAGACUCUACGGGUUUACUUGCGGAGCCGGAUCGGCGGACGCUGAUGGUGGAUAUGAACGCCGCAAGUGAUACGGUGAGGUUGGCGAUUCAUUAUAUGAGAAGGAAUGGCAAGGAACGGGGGGGCAGUAUCGUCAUGACGGCCAGUUUGGCGGGGUAUCUGGCCAGUGCGGGAGCGCCGCUAUACUCUGCUGCGAAGCAUGGCAUCGUCGGCUUGAUGAGAGCACUCAAGAAUGACACGGCGACAUUGGGCAUUGCGAUAUCCGUCGUCGCGCCGGGCAUUACAUUGACGGACAUCCUUUCGGGACGGAAAGAGGGCGAAUCGCUUCAAGAGUGGGCGUCUACCUGA